CCUCACCACGAACACCCGCAUAAUAUCCGGAUAGGUAAACAAGUCAGCAUGGCGAAAAUGCAGGAAUGUUCAUUAAUUGUCACACAUUUACCUGCUGAUAUAAGCAGACGGGAAAUACAAGAUUAUUUCAGCGAAGUUGGACCCGUUAAAAAGUGCCAUCUUGUCAGGGAUAAAAAUGGCACCUUUAAAGGAAUGGCCUACAUUAUCUAUUCUUUUGUGGAAGAUGCCAAGCAAGCGGUUAAAAAGUAUGAUAAUUCUACAUUUAACGGAAAAAUUCUGAGAGUGAAAUAUUCUCGUCAGAGAGAAACGGAAUCAGAUGAAGAUGUUUCUGGUGCACAACGUAACAAGGAAGAGGAUGGAGAAGAAAAUGAAACAAAUAUUAAGAAGAAAAAAACAAAGAGGAAGGACAAGAGACAGCCAGCAAAACAGAGAAAAGGAAGAAUUAUUAUUAGGAAUUUGUCUUUCAAGGCUGAUGAGAAAAUAGUGGAGGAGCAUUUUUCAGUGUAUGGAAAGAUUAGAGAAGUGUCAAUUCUACGCAAACAUGACGGGAAGAUGGUGGGCUGUGCAUUUGUUCAGUUUGAUACUAAGGCUGAAGCACUAAAAGCAAUAAAGGAGUGCAAUAUGAAACCUUUGUUAGGAAGGCCAAUUGCAGUGGAUUUAGCUGUUGAGAAGGAAAGAUUUAAGCCAGAAGGAAGCAAUUCUGAAAUAUCUAGAGAUGAAACUGGAGGUGCAGAAGUGAAGAUAAAGGAAGAGGAAUUGAGUAAUGAUGAAAAAGAAGAGAUUGAUGAGGAAAAUGAUAUAAAGAUGGAGAUUAAAGAAGAAAGUGGUGAGGAAGAUGAUAUAAAGACAGAGAUUAAAGAAGAAAAAGCAAGCAGUGAGGAUGAAGAUGGUGACAGUGGAUUAGAUGAUGGUGAUGAAACUAGUAGUGAUGAUGAUGAUGAGGAUGAUAAAAAGCACACACCAUCUAAGAAUACACAUGCUCCUACAAAAGGCCCCAGUAAAGACAUCACGGAAGAAAGGACAUUGUUUAUAAAAAAUCUCCCAUUCAUUGCUACACAGGAAGAAAUAGCAGAAGUUUUACAAAAGUUUGGAGAAUUAAAGUAUGUUUUGCUUUGUAUAGACCAGCUUACUGAGCACCCACGGGGAACAGCAUUUGUGCAGUUCAAGGAGCGAGAAGCAGCCGAUGCCUGUUUAGCAGCAGAAGCAGACCCCAGUACAAAGAAAGACUUUAUUCUCUAUGGUCGACCAAUGCAUAUCAUGAGAGCCAUAAGCAGGACGGAGCUGGAGAAGAGAAGAAAUGAGAAAGGACAAGAGAAAGUGAAGAAAGAUAAAAGAAAUCUUUUCUUGGCUCGGGAAGGAUUUGUUCGUCAGGGAACCAAAGCAGCAGAGGGUUUGUCAAAAGCUGACUUGGCUCUUCGCACAAGGAGAGAGCAGGUUAAACGCCGAAUGUUGCAGAAUUUUCAAAUCUUUGUGUCUGAAACUCGUCUCUGUAUCAAUAAUUUGCCUGAGAAAGUUGAUGACAAGCGGUUGUAUGCAAUUUUCAACAAGCAUUCACCAGAAGGAGCUAAAAUUACAGAGGCACGAAUAAUGCGAGAUUUCCAAAACAUUGAUGAGAAUGGUAAACCCAAGAGCCGUGGAUAUGGCUUUGUCACCUUCACUGAACAUGAGCAUGCUCUUGCUGCUCUUCGCAAAAUCAACAAUAACCCCGAUAUAUUCACUAAUGAUCAAAGGCCUAUUGUGGAAUUUUCUUUGGAAAACCGAUCAGUCCUUCAGGCUCGCCAAAAGCGUAUGGAGAAGAGCAAAGAAAAAAAUCCCUUAUGGAAAAAAGAUGGAUACAAUGCAAGACAGAAUGCCACUACGACAGAUAGUACCAAAAAAGCAUGUCAGAUAAAGAAGAAUCCUGAGAAAAUUAGUGAAGACAACGAGAUGGAAAGCCAAUCAAGUUUUAUGGGUUCCAAGUCUAAUCCUUCCAACAAAAAUCUCCCAGCUAAUUAUGGGCCCAAGAUACGACAUCAUGAAAAGGGUAAAGGGAAAAUUAGUAGAAAUCAGUUUAGAAAAGAACGACGGGAUCGAGUACUUGGUAAAAAAAGAAAGCGCCCAACGAGUGAAGACCAGGGAGAUUCUUCAUCUGUGAAACCAUCUCAAGAAGAAACAGAGGGUCAAGGUAAAAAAAAGAGAAAAAGGAACAAAAAGAAUACAAGUAAGAAAAUGAAAAUGGAAACGAAGGAUGAAAGAGCUUUUAAUUCAAUGGUGCGUAAGUACAAAGAUAAAAUGUCAUCUGUGAAUUCAACAUCUGACAAAAGAUGGUAUGAAGACUGAAAUCUGAGACUGAAUGGAAUUAAGGUAAACCGUAAAUAUAGUGCUGACCUAUCAUAGUGAGAUUAUUUGUAUAUCCUAAUGGGUUUUUAAGAAUUAGACUAUACUGUACUGCAUAUGCAUUCAGAUAUGCUAAUACAGUAAUUAUAUUAAUGGAGUAUAAAUAUUUAUUGUAAAGGAAACUGAAUGCAGUAAUGUAUUAAGAAAAGUUUUAUGCUAAUUAUAUUAUUAUCUUUACAAAUACAGUACAAAUGAAAAUGGUAAAAGAUACCAUAUAUGAAAAAGCAGCAUGUAAGUGCAAUAAGGACUGGUGAAAAGCCAAUUUAAAUAUUGAAGAUAAGCAGAGGGGUAAAUCUUGACUGUUGAAAGAUAAAUUAGUAGUACAGUAUGUAGAUAGAAUACUCUUUGUUAAAAGAAGUUUGAGUGUGAAUAUGAUCGUUUUGUUAGUGUGAAGAGUUCAAGAGAGAAUAUCAAGAUGUACCCAUGGAAGAGGUAAGUAAAUUAGUGCAGGAGCAGUAAGGAGCAUAUGGAAAAGCAGUAAGCAUUGACAAGGUAUAUAUUUGCAGGAAUUAUUAAAUGCAGUGGAGAAAAAGGACCAUAUUAAGUGUGGAAAAUUUGCCAGAUUUGGGAUGGAUGACUGGAAAGAGUUACGAUUACACCAUUGUAUAUACAGUAAUUAAGAUUAAUCUAGUGAAUGUAAGAAUUAUAGAAGCACUGGUUAACUAAAUGUAGUGGGUAAAGUGUAUGGCAGGAUCAAAAUUACAAGAGUACAGGAAAUAACUGAAAAUUGUCACUGUAAACAAGGUGGGUGCUGUGGUGGAGGCGGUGUGUAUCAGAUUUUGCAUUUAAGCAGCUAGUAGAGAAAGCAGAUGAGAGAUUGUAGGGUGCACAUGGCUUUUAUGGGCUUGAAGAAAGCAAAUAAUAAAAGUUAAUAAACAGUGACUGUAGAAUGUUGAGAGUAGAAUUUACUGUAUAGUUUUGAUCAUCAGUGGGGAUUAGAUUUCAUUUAAAUGAAAUAAGUUCUUUGGAAGUACAGCAUGUAUAGGAGCUAAUGGUGUAAGAAGUGACUGAAUUAUUAAUGUAUGGUAGUAUACUAGUGUUGGUAAAUAUACAUGUACAUACAGGACAUUAUUUUCAUGUAUACUGGGUAAGUAUAGUCAGUGUCAUAAGGGACAUCAAUUUAAGAACAUCAGAAAACAUUACGAGACUCACAAACGAAAUGACUGACAGGAAUACAAGUACUGUACAGUACAGUAUAACAAUUUUAAUUUUGUGUAUGACAGUUCUUGAAGCAGAAAAUACUGGUGCUGCCUUUUGAUAAUGACCGUACUUACUUGAAGCAGAAAAUUACACAUUUAUGAAGAUUAGUUGAAAGCUUUAUUAAUGUGUUUGAGUGAGAAGACUACGUCUACUUCAAAUUUGUGCAACGGUAUAGUGGUAAUAGAGGGAAGAAACUGUGCAUGGUAAGUGAAACUAAAAUGUAUACAAGGAUGUUAGACAUGGCUGAUCGCAAGCAAAGUUGAGAGGGAGUUACGAAGGUAAAUGGCUGGAAUAACGAAAGCUUAGGAGAAACAAAUAGGAAGAGGGUUGCAGGAAACAGUGAUGGUGUCUCCCCUUAUGUGAGAUGCUGAUGUGCAAUGAGCAUGAAUAAAAAUAGAGGUACAUGUGGUGGUAAAAUAAUAAUAUGGAGGGUCAAAGUCAGUCAGCUGCACAAUUCAGGAUAGAACGGUGAAGAGAGUGCAUUUAAAUGAAUAAAUUUAGCAGUGGAAGGGUGGCCCAACAGAUGAGCAGACAUUGUGAGUGAGGAAAUGUCUAAUACACACAGAGAAAAAUACAAUUUAAAUAUGUGUAAGCUAUAAUUUCAUUUAAGUCUGCAAAAGUAAGGGAUAAUUAUAUACAUUUAUAUACUUACACAUGCAUACAUAUGUAUGUAUGUCAUAGCUAAUAGCCAGGACUGCACUACUUGCCUUGUAAGGAAGGCCCAUUUUGACUAUUGGCCAAUGUGGUUUGGCAUAUCAUAUAUUUCUGUAUAUGAUUAAAUAAAUUACAGUAGUUAACCCUUAAUAAUAAUAUAUUGACAAGAAUUUCUAAUGUAGGUAUAGUUUUGGCUGUUAGGCAAUAUUAAGAAAUAAUUGGCAUACAGUAUUUAGGUUAGGUCAGGCUUCUUGACUUUUGAUUCAAAUUGUUAUAAAAGCCAUAUUAUGUACAGUACAUUAUAAUAAUUAACUUCAUAAGAUAAAAUUUUGGGAAUAUAACAUUUAAAAAACUCUGCUUGUUAUGUACAACACACAUACUGCAUUAUAUAUAAAGGGCAUAUAUAUUAAUUUUUGUACAACUUGUUGUUUCAAAGUAUUUAACUUUAUGAAAUGGUUAGUUUCAUUAAAUUAGUAAGUUUUACAGUGUUUAUUGUAAUUGUCACUUUAACAAGCAAUUUUAUCAACACCGUUGACUUCUAAUUCUGUACGUGUCUUUGUUACAUAUUUUCUUUCCCCAGUGUAUUACUGUGGAUGAUUGCUGGAGUGGUGUGAUGGUUGUUUAGCCCCUAAUGCUGUAUAGUGCCAAUGAUACAAAGAAUGAAGGUGUUACUUAUUUAUAAUCUUUUACUAUACACUAUUAUAUUUUGUCUGGGCUGAUAUUGCCCCAUCCCAUAUAUGAAGUAAUCAUAUUGGAUGGAUAUGAAAAGUGAGAACAUAUGUUUAUGCUAUGCAGUAAAACUUUGGCCCUGGAUGACCAAAGCGAUGUUAGUAAUUGUACCAGCCCUAGUGCGUGUUUCAUUAUAGUACUGUAUUAUUUUCUAUAAAUAAUGCAAAUGAU